GAUUUUCUCGUUGCUGAGAAUGUCUCUCCUGGCGAUUUUACUCUCCUAGUCGAUAAUUGGGAUUUGAAUCGGCCCAAGAUCCGUCUCCGGCGUUACGACGACAACGCACGAAAGCUUUACAUUGUCAUUCCUGCCGACAUUCACGAAGGGCUCCAUGCUGAGCUCUAUCAACAAUACAUGGCUCAACUUUUUCGAAUGAGUAUAAAUCGGGAAUGGAGAACAAUGGCUGCUUCUACACGUUACGGAAGAAGCGAUGGCAAUAGUGGCGGGGGCGGGGCUGGAGAAGGCGAUUCUACCGGUGGCCCAAAGCCAGAGCGCGCAGCGAAAGGAGCUUGGCCAACCCUUGUUAUAGAAGCCGGGAAUUCUGAGCCCUGGCAGCAUUUGCGCAGCGAUAUGGAGUGGUGGUUUUCUGCGUCUGAUCACGACGUAAAGAUAGUACUACUUGUCAAGUUCGAUCCGAGACGACAGGAACUUGUUCUCGAGAAAUGGGAGGAAGAGGUGCGAGGCCAACGACCUGGAGCAACCACCACUCGGUCGCCAGGAGCGUUGGCACCCGUAAUGAGACAAAUAAUCACCAUUACGAAGACGAGUUCGACAACUUACAACGUUUCUAGAGGUGCGUUGGUAUUGUCGUUCAGACUUCUGUUUCUUCGAGAUCCAGACCUUGGGGAGGGUGAUAUUGUUAUCAGCGUUCAGGACUUGGAGGAGUAUGCAGCCAACGUGUGG